UUCGACACUAUCAUAUAACAUAUUGUGAUUUUAUCUUCGUCUCCUCUUUUUAUGUAUCAGUUGUUGUAUCUCUCAUCCACUACAUUGAGAUCCUCGCCGUAUGCAUUGUUUUUAGCUUGCACGUGACACAGUUUUUGAAGUCAUGUGACCUUCACAAUACAUAAAAAAUGGCGGAAGGCGAUGGAUUAGAUAAUCUUAAGAAGUGGGAGGAAUUGGCUGCAAAGGGUGAUGAAAAAAGCCAGGUUCUGCUGGGGGAGUACUACCUUAAACUGGCAGACUCCGGAACAGAUGAGGAUCGCCAGAGGUAUGGGAAAAUAGGCGUGUCCUGGCUGAUUGAGGCGUCUAAACAGGGAGACGAUAAAGCCGACGAACUCCUCAAGAAAUGUCUCCAAACUAAAACUGGUGUUGACGACUCCAACAGAGAAGUGAUUGACUGGUGUCUAGAGACGUCAGAUGUAGAGAAAAAGAUUCGACGGGCUGCCAGAAACAUGUUCCAGGCCAUCAAUGGGACUCACAGGGAAGUGCUGUCUCGAGCGGAGUACAUCGAGUCUGUAAAGAAACUUGCUGGGGGCGAUAAAUUGGAGGAAAAGUUGCUUUUGGCUGCAGGUAAAAAGAUAGGAGACAAAAUAAAUGAAACCGAAUUUGUCAAAGUUCUUUCAAAGAAGAUUCAAGGUCAGAUAACUCUGUCACCAGAGGAAAGCAGUGAGAUGUCUGUAGAAUACAAGCAUGCUGGUUUAUAUGAGAAGGUAACCAAGUACCCCAAGGAGACGGUUGUGGCGGUGUACGAGACAAUCAUGGAGUACGUCUCCAGGGAGGGCCUGGACUUUGUGAUGAGGAUGAUCCCCAGUAACCAGAUCUAUCUGCUGUCUGUCUUCUUCCUCUACAGCUUCAUCAGCGCCGCCCUGGUCUUCCAGGUGGCGCCCCUGGUCAUCUUCUAUCUCUCCCUGGCCAUCAUGGGUGUUACGACCCUCCAGAUGUUUUACAAGAAGCAGAAACUGAACGAAGCAAGCAAGCUGGCUGAUGUCCUAAAGACGUACAAUGUUGGGGUUGAUGUUGAACAGACAAAGUCGCAGUUCAGCUGGAACUCCCUGACGCCAUAUCUAGUUUUCUUUGGAGCUCUGCCAUUGUUAGUGGUCAGUUUCUCGCUGUCAAACAAGAGUUACAUCCCCUGCUCUGAGAUCUGUAUUCUCUGUGGUGUGCUGUCAGGGAUAUGUUUCGUGGCCCUCAGUGAUAGUCAUGACCUGUUGACACUGCUGUCCCUCUUCUGUAACUUUCUCUCCGCCCUGCCCACAUUUUUUCAUCAUUUUCCCCAGUUUCCUGUUGUUACCAGGCUUCUACACCUGGUUACUGAUGCCAUAAUUACUAUUCCAUGCGGGGCAGGGUUCAAGAUCCAUCUCGGGAUCCCAUCCUUAGCUUUCUUGUUGAUUCCCCUAAUCUUUGUUGUUAUGGCCGCACAAAAGUCUUGGAAAGGUGUGUACAGGGUGUUAAUCCCUCAUCUGGUUUGUUACUUCUGGUUUAAUCUUAUGCUGAGUUUCUUUCCGUUCUCUACCUGGAAGGGUCUGAUACGAGGCACUCUUGGUUAUUUGUUCUUGCCAUUCUUGAUUCCUUUGACUCUGUUAUUACUUUGUGGUGGUAUCAUCUACGGUUCCUACUGUCUUUUGAAAACACAGAUAUUCGGCAAGCUUUUUAUCACCUUGAUCUUUGCAUCAGUGCCAUUGUUAAUGACACAGACAAAAUUGUUGAUCGGGAAAAAAUUGGACAGCAAAAUUCAACCUGUUAAAGUAGCAAUAAUGGUAGUUUUUGGCGUUCUUGCAAUUUUUCCUCUUAUUUUCAUACGUUUACCUUCAGCAAACAACCCUAAGCCUUUUGACUUAACAUUUCCGGAAUAUUUGGAGUUCUGUGGGAACAACGAGCUCUCUAAAAGUUUGAAAUGUCUACACCUGCAGGGGCUGAAAGUCACGUGGAAUGGAGCUUACAUAGAAACAAGCAUCAAGUCUGUGACGAACAAUAUCGAACCCUUGCUUGGCACCUUUCCAGCAUUCAUGGCUAAUGAAAUUCGAUGUCUGUAUGGUCAAAAAUUUGGAAACUGCAAUGACACGGAAAAAACCGAAUCUGAACGCAAGCUGUGUUCAAUGAUGGACGCUGUGGGCCAUGAAUGCCAUUUGCGAAAUCUUGACACGUAUACCUUUGAAGUCAUUGUCACAAUGGAUGCAGAUUUGGUUCGGGUCAAACUUGACGCCGGCCAUAGCUUCUUGAAGACGCUGACGGCUUUACGGGAGGGCGACAGGGUGGAAUUUACCGGGACCCUGGUGAGGGACCUGGGCACGAAGCAACCCCAGCUGACCCUCCGACAGAUCGCGUGUACCAAUAGACAACUGGACGUGAUGGCGAGAAUGGAGGAGGAAAGCGUGGAGGAGAUAGUGAUGAGGGAACUCAAUAGCGCCAUUACUGUAACAUUUAACUUCUUUUGGUAUCCUUUUGUAGAAUAUGCUCCCGAAUGAGACCGCUGUAUACCCAUGUUUGAUUAGUUCUGGUGUCUAUUUUAAAGAACGAAUUGUUUUGUUAGUAAGUGCCUGGUAUUUUAUUUUACCAUCAUGUAUCUUUAGUUGCCAUGUGCGUAAUCUAUAUACAUGAAAAAUCAAGAAUGCAUUGAAAUCAAGAAUUACAUUUCGUGCACAGCUUUGUAAUUAUACUGCCUUCAUAUCUGACACGGGGCGGGGCUCUCAGUGUAUGGUUUUCUUACGGAUUGUUUUUAUCAUUUAUUGUACAGUAGUUAAAUUUGAGACAUUGUUAUACAUGUACAUGUACUUUGAUUAAUCUUUUGUAUAGAUAUAUUUAUUUUUGAGAUUAUAUAGAAUGUUUUUCUUAUGUAUGAAAUUAAUGCAAAGUCAUCAUGAAGUCUGCAAUCUUACCUGCAGUCUGAUGUUCUUUGAUAGAUUUAAUUUUUUACCAAAGGUGCAAUUUUGUUAAUAUGGAAGUACAGAUAUACAUAUGAUAACGGAGUAUCUGAACAAUGGUGCAUAAAAUGCCAUCAAUUUGCCAACGUUAUGAAUAUACUAUUGGAAUGUUUUAUUUUGAUAGUAAGUGAAUAUUUUUCUUUUUUAGCCAUAAUACGGUAACAUGUUUAAUUAUUAGUGGGCGCUAAAUACUGGUCAAACAAUUGUCUUAAUCUUGGACGAGUUACUUGUGCCUGAAUACGAUGACUACGGCUGUUUGUUUACAAAUUUGUUUAAGUCAUGAUAUUUUCUAAGUUAAAAUAUUACACGAUUAUCUUACAAUAUUCAUGUCAUAAUAAGUUGGUGGGGAUAUCUGGUUUACUAAAAUAUGGACGGAAAGGAAAACAAUCAUAAUUUUCAUAUACAAAACAUUAAUAUUUCCAUAUACAAAAUAUUAAAUGUUAUAAAAAUAUACGUUAUGAAUAGAAUAUAAUCAAACGAAAAGUAUGUUCAAAUUUUAUAAAAUUUUUGUAUAAAAAUCCUUCCGCGCGAAAAUAUUGUUCCCCAAAAACUUGUUUGUUUAUUGAUUUCAAAUAUUUUUUAUGGAUAUUGUGUAAUAAUGAAAUGAAUAAAAUCGUACUCAUUUUAAAUAUAAUGACGAGGUGCGCGGUGAAAUGAAAUCGUGACGCGUGAGGUACCUUUAGAGGGCUGGAUGGUCGUGGCCAGUUUAGACCAUUAUUAUCUCCUGGACAUGAAGAGCUCUGUAUACAGAUAUAUGAAAAUAUUCAAAUUUUAAUUCAUUCCUAAACAUAUAGUUUUUAGCAGAAAUCCGCGUAUUUAGAAUUUUAAGGUAGAACUGAUGGGUAAUUUGUGAGGCAUACAGCAUCCAGGAAGUCAGGUCAUGCUUCCCUGCAUCCGGUUAAAUUUUAAACAUCCACUACAAGCUUCCGAUUAUCACCACAUUGACUACUCAGUAUCUAGAUAAAAUCGGAAAUUUAUUAUUCAUUGCGUAUGUUUACAAUGCAUGUUGCAGUCCCUUCAGCUUGCCGUUAUUAUUGGUAGGACAGUCUAAAUCAAUUGAGAAAAGAAACAUUCAUGAAUAGUUAUAAAUGAAAACAAAAAAUCUUUGUCUAAUAUCCUAUAGGGCAGAAUUUACACGAGCAGUAAUGAUUAACAGGAUUUUUCAUAUGAUUUAAAGUAUCUUUGGAAUAAAAGCAUGUAAACAGGCAGAAUCAAAAAAAUUCCCAAAAUGAGACAUUUUUUGAUUAAAUGGAAUGUUUUCUGCAAAUUGAACAGCAGAUCUGACCAAAGUGUUCGAAACGUUGGCUUUACUUAACCAGUUCUCAUAAACCGCAAUAGCAGUAUUUGCAAUGUUAAAGUAAUUUGAUUGAAUGUCAUGAUUUAGAAAAGUAAUCUUUAAUCGAAUUUCAAAAAAUGACGUUAAUAUAAGGCUUAAAUGUUAUGUUUAUUUUGUACAAUAUGCAUGUCUUUCAGCUUAUAUUUAAAUGAUACAUUUUUAAAUACUUUUAUAUAUUGCAUUGGAUAUCAUUUCAAUAUGCUCAGCACUAAUAAAUCUUUUGAA